CCCCCAACCUUCCACACCCUGCAGUCUCUGCCUUUUCUUGUAUUGCUCCUCCCCUGGCAGCCGCGCCCGAGCUUUGGAUCGAAAGCCAGAGCUGUCGCUGGGCCUAGCCUUCCCGCGAGUCACCACUACCUCCUUUGGCUCGGGAGAAAGCUGCGACCGAGCACGCCCGACUGUCGCCGCCGCUCGGGCCUGGAGCUCUUGGGCUGGCAGUGCUGAUAUCCCAGACCUACGGCGGCCCCCCAGGCUACUAUACUUAGUGAAGAAUCUUAGGAUCGCUUACUUUCCUCACUCGUUUUGUCUUCCCUGCGUCCUGUUCCCCCGUCUCCCGCUCCCCUCCUGCGUCCUCUGUCCGGGACCCAAAGAGGAAGAGUGUCUUGGGACUCCUGCAUGGUGUUUCAAAGGGUGGUGAAGAACGAAGGUAGAAGAAUACAUGUUCACUUUCAGUGAACACGAGCAUGUUCCCAAACUCAAUAUUGGGUCGCCCACCCUUCUCUCCAAACCAUCAACAACAUAAUAACUUCUUCACCUUGUCACCAGCUCUUUAUUCACACCAGCAGCUUAUAGAUGCACAAUUCAACUUUCAGAAUGCAGAUUUGUCUAGAGCUGUGUCAUUACAGCAGCUGACAUAUGGAAACGUCAGUCCAAUACAGACCUCAGCUUCUCCAUUAUUUCGAGGAAGGAAGAGAUUAAGCGAUGAAAAAAAUCUUCCUCUUGACGGUAAACGUCAACGUUUCCAUUCACCCCACCAAGAACCAACUGUAGUUAACCAGAUAGUGCCUUUAUCAGGUGAACGAAGAUACUCAAUGCCGCCAUUGUUUCACACGCACUAUGUACCAGAUGUCGUCAGAUGUGCUCCACCUUUUCGAGAAAUAGCAUUUUUAGAACCUAGAGAACUCACACUGCCUGAGGCCAAAGAUAAGCUGAGUCAGCAGAUACUGGAGUUAUUUGAAACAUGUCAGCAGCAAAUAAGUGAUUUAAAGAAGAAAGAACUCUGUCGAACACAGCUACAAAGAGAAAUUCAGCUGUUAUUUCCACAAAGCAGGCUUUUUUUGGUUGGAUCCUCUUUAAAUGGAUUUGGUACCCGGAGCAGUGAUGGUGAUUUAUGCCUUGUUGUUAAGGAAGAACCAUGUUUUUUUCAGGUAAAUCAGAAGACUGAAGCACGGCAUAUACUCACCUUACUCCAUAAACACUUCUGUACUAGACUUUCUGGCUACAUUGAGAGACCUCAACUGAUUAGAGCAAAAGUGCCAAUUGUGAAGUUCAGGGAUAAAGUCAGUUGUGUGGAGUUUGACUUGAAUGUAAACAACAUUGCUGGAAUAAGAAACACAUUCCUUCUCAGAACGUAUGCAUACCUUGAAAAUCGAGUUCGUCCAUUAGUGCUGGUGAUUAAGAAGUGGGCAAGUCACCAUCAGAUAAAUGAUGCCAGUCGUGGUACUUUAAACAGCUAUAGUCUUGUAUUGAUGGUUUUGCACUAUUUACAAACCCUACCUGAACCCAUCCUUCCAUCCCUCCAAAAAAUGUACCCAGAGUCUUUUAGUCCUGCUAUACAGCUGCACCUUGUACAUCAAGCUCCAUGUAAUGUUCCUCCUUACCUCUCAAAGAAUGAAUCAAAUCUUGGGGACCUCUUACUGGGCUUUCUUAAAUAUUAUGCUACAGAAUUUGACUGGACUAGUCAAAUGAUUUCAGUUCGUGAAGCCAAAGCCAUUCCGAGGCCUGAUGGUAUUGAAUGGAGAAAUAAAUACAUCUGUGUAGAAGAACCGUUUGAUGGGACAAAUACAGCCAGAGCUGUGCAUGAAAAGCAGAAGUUUGACAUGAUCAAGGAUCAAUUUUUAAAGUCAUGGCACAGAUUGAAAAACAAACGGGAUUUGAACAGCAUACUACCUUUAAGAGCUGCUAUCGUGAAAAGAUAACUGGCCUCUAUUUCUUAAUAAUGCUUCCAAGAAAUAAAGAACAAUAGUUACAUUAUAAUGCAUUUUGUUUACCUCCAUCAUGGUUUCUUUUUAAUUAUUCUUGUUUUCAUGUUUUAUUUUUAAAAAGACAUAAAGAUUGCAUAUUUUGUUAUGACAUUUCCUAAUAAAACCCUUUGAUUUAAAAUUGUAUUUUUGAAAAUGUUUACAUUGAUGAUUAGUAGUAUUAUGGCAUGCAUUUUCAGGAGAUCAGAUAAAUAUAUUUUGAGAAAUUACCUAAACAAAAUAAAGGGUUUUUGAUAUAACUUCAGUUAAUUGUACCACAUGCUAUAAGGAUGAGCGGAAUUUUGGAAAGGGUCUAAUUCAUACAUGCUUAAAGUAUAACCUACAGUAGAUAGUUUGUCUUAGUCUGUUCUAGUAAAGUGAAGAUUCAAGUCAGUUAUUCAGUUACUUGAAGCAAAAUGAAAUCUUUUAUUUCAUUGAAAUCACUGCAGAGUCAUGAAAUACUGGACAAUUGCCUUCAGUCUUCACUUGACCCACUGGGAUAGACCAAGGCUUUGGGUCUGUCUAGGUUAGCUUUUCAUUAGUACUUCACAUGCUUAUGAUGUACUCUUGAGAUUGCUUUACAUUUUGUUUUGAAAUGACACAUUUUGCACUGUAAUAUGAGCACUAACUCUUAGAGCAGUUAGUGAAUUGUUUUAAAGAAUCAGUUCAUUAUUGACAUUUUGAAUAGAUGAAAUCUGUGCUUCAUGAUAGAUUAGUGCAAUGCGCACUUUUGCUUUACUUCCUGUUUUCCUGCUCUAAGUCCCUGUGACAUGAAGCAAAGAAACUGAGAGGUCGAAGUUAAGAUUAUAUCCUGUUUGUAGUAUCAGAUUUUUUUUUCUGUAUACAAUUAUAGGAUUGUAAUCUAAACUGGAAUUUUUAGGCAGUAAGCCACUACAAAAUGUUUUAGAUAAGACACAAUAAAAUUAUUAUAAAUAAAAGCUUAAUAUUUGUAAAAAUAUCUUUUUUAGUAUUUCUUUUCCACAUGAAAGACAGUGGUGGCUGCUAAAAAAGCUACAGUGUUUGUUAAGGCUGUUUUUGAUUUAUGUAAAUAUUUGUAAAUUGGUCAUUGCCUGUAAAUUAAAAUAUAAAAAGUAAUCUUGAAAACAGUUUUAACUUUUUCAAAAGGACUGUGUACAACCUCUUUUAGACCUACUGUAGUACAGUUUGUACUUCUAAUGUAUUUUUUUGCAGACCAAUUGAAAUGCUAAAACUUUUUCCUUGACUUGUAAAAGGUCCACAUUUUCAUUUUCUUCUUUAAGUUUAAAUUUUUGUAUAAUGUAAAAUGGAAUAAAGUUUAUAUAUGGAAA